ACGUUGCCUAGGUUCAAAGGUUAAUCAUAACCAACACAAUAGUGUACUUGGCUAGCUGCUCGGCUCUUGGAGAAAGAUAAACAACUCGUCUUUGCGAAAUUAACAGCACUCGACUGCUAUAGCAUUGAAGUCCGAUCAAACUGUCUGAAAAUCAUAAGUGUAGGUGUUUGCACUAUUGUCGCUGUUUUUCGAAGGCGCCAGCUAAUGUUAGCAAACUAACGUAGCCAUCACUGAACUGGCUCGCUAGCUAGAUAGUUACACACAAAGCUACAGCUAUGUUUGUGCAAGAAGAGAAGAUAUUCGCUGGAAAAAUAUUAAAAAUCCACAUUUGUACUAUGGAGGGUACAGAGUGGUUGGAAGAAGUAACAGAGGAUACCACUAUUGAACAACUCAAAGAGAAGUGCUUGAAACAUUAUGUACAUGGAAGCCUCGAAGACCCCAAAACAAUCACACACCAUAAACUUGUCCAUGCUGCCACGGAGAGGAUCCUCACAGAAACUAAAACGGUUGCAGAUGAAAGUCUAAAAGAUAAAGAUGUUCUUCUACUGAUUAAGAAGAGACCACUGCCACCCCCUCCGAAAAUGGCUGACAUAACUGCAGAGGAAAAGAAGAAGCAGGAUAACAAGGCUCCAGAUAAAGAUGCCAUCCUGAAGGCCACCGCCGGGCUGUCCACUCGCCACACAGACCGCACUGUCACCCAGCAUAACAUCAGAGAUUUUCAGACGGAGCUCAGGAAAAUCCUUGUCUCUCUCAUUGAAGUGGCCCAGAAGCUUCUUGCCUUGAACCCUGAUGCCGUGGAGCUCUUCAAAAAGGCCAAUGCCAUGCUGGAUGAGGAGGAGGAGGACCGGGUGGAUGAGACGACCCUUCAGCAGCUGACUGAGAUGGGUUUCCCUGAGAGCAGAGCCAUCAAAGCUCUCAGACUCAACCACAUGUCAGUGACCCAGGCCAUGGAGUGGCUGAUUGAGCACGUAGACGACCCCACGGUGGACACCACCCUGCCCGGCCAGGACGCCCCAGGAGCAGUAGGAGCCACAGCACCACCCCUGAUCCCCUCUAUCUCCGCCUCAUUUCCAAACCUCCUCCGCACCCUCUCCCAGACCAACACAGAUGCCGCCGCCAGGCAGGACGAACUCACUGAGAUCUUCAAGAGGAUCCGAAGGAAAAGAGAGUUCAGGCCCGACUCACGGGCUGUCAUUGCGUUAAUGGAGAUGGGCUUUGAUGAGAAGGAGGUGGUUGAUGCCCUGAGAGUCAAUAACAACCAACAGGAUGCUGCAUGCGAGUGGCUGCUGGGGGACAGGAAGCCGUCUCCGGAGGACUUGGAUAAAGGCAUCGACAUCAACAGUUCUCUGUUCCAGGCCAUCCUGGAGAACCCUGUGGUCCAGCUGGGCCUCACAAAUCCCAAAACACUGCUCGCGUUUGAGGACAUGUUGGAGAACCCUCUGAACAGCACCCAAUGGAUGAAUGACCCUGAGACUGGGCCUGUCAUGCUGCAGAUCUCCAGAAUCUUCCAGACACUCAACCGCACGUAGAGUGUGUGUGUGUGUGUGUGUUUGUAGGUGAGCGUGUGUGUGUGUGUGUGUGUGUGUGUGUGUGUGUUUGUAGGUGAGCUUGUGUGUGUGUGUGUGUGUAGGUGAGCGUGUGUGUGUGUGUGUAGGUGAGCUUGUGUGAGUGUGCACACGGCUGUGACAAGUAUUGUUUUUUGCCUUAAAGUCAAAGCCGGGGGGGGUAAAAUACAUAUUUAUUUAUACCACAGAAAACCUUGUACAAAACUAUGUUAACAUGAUUAUUACAAUACAUUUUUUUUUUUUUACAUUUUAAAAAUAACAGUUUAUAGUUAAGACACACAUGAUUUAUUUGAUACAUUUCUCCAUGUACAAAAAAAGACCAUCAGGCAUCAAACCAAUGUUUACUCUUCAACAACGUUCCUUUUUUGCCAUAUUCAAAUAUCAAUUAGUUUAAUUUGUCUCCUUAAAUUGUUACAUUUCCUCAAAGGUGAAUGUUUCUAGCGAGAGUUGAAUGACUCCAGGCAGUCUGUAUAAUUUGGUUGAAGACAAGUCAGACUGCAAGUGAACAUGCAUCAAACUGUUGCGUGAUGAUGAAAUGAGUGUUCAGUACUAACCAGAGGUUUGUUCAAAACGUUCCAAAGGUUGUAGAUGGACAUGUAAUGUAUAGAGCGGAUCCGAUUUGAUUAUUCUCUGUGACAAAUAAGGUCUGUUCUAAAUUACGUGUUUCUAUCAUAAAGUUGUGUAACGUUCCACCCUUCCUGAAUGAUUAAACCCCAGGUUAUGGCUAUGUUCCAGUUAACCUCUCCUUCCUUCUAAA